AUGACUUCACACACUCAUUUUGACCGGGACACUAAGGCAAGCGAGGUGGCUGACGCUUUUUCAGCACAGAUCAAGGACCGCGUUGUGGUCGUUACAGGAAUAUCUCGAUUGGGGCUUGGUGGAGCUAUUGCGCUUGCAUUCGCAAAACAUAAACCAGGAAUGCUUAUCCUAGCAUCACGCACGCAAUCUAAGAUGGAUGAAGUGGCUGCUGAUAUCAAGGCUGUUAACGCUGAUUUGGACGUUAAAACAGUUCUUGUAGAUCUCCUCUCCCAAACCGCCGUCCGUCAAGCAGCUGAAGAGAUCAAGUCACACACCUCUCGCAUUGAUAUUCUAGUCAACAAUGCUGCGUUGAACAUCUACGAGCGAAAACACACGCCUGAGAAUAUUGAGUAUCAGCUAGCCGCUAACCACAUUGGACCCUUCAUCCUUACCAAUCUCCUCCUAGACUGUUUCUUGGAGGCUGCUACGUCUUCGCCGCCUGGUGCAACACGGGUCAUUAAUAUGACUUCUGAUGGCCAUAGAGCGAGUCCCUUCAGGUUCCAUGACUAUAACUGUGAAGGGAAACCUGUCCCUCCCGAAGAGGCCGAUACGCUUGCAGAAUGGCCGCCAGAGGUGCAAAAGCCCAAUGGAGGCUACUUAGGAUUCUUGGCGUAUGGGCAAUCGAAGACAGCAAACAUCCUGUUCAGCGUAGAAUUGAACAAGCGUCUUGCCCAGAGAGGCAUUGCUUCGUACAGUGUGCAUCCCGGAAACAUUAUAACUGAGCUUGGCAGAGAUAUGCAGGAGGAUCUAGCGAAAAAGGUGCCGGAUAUUGUGAGAGCUAAAUACCUCAAGCCUAGUAUUGAAGAAGGGGCGUCAACUACGAUGGUUGCCGCUUUGGAUCCGGCCUUGACUUGUGCGAAGGGUGUGUUUCUAGAGGAUUGCCAGCUUAGUUUCGCAAGGCCCUACGCUGUAGAUCCUGUCAAUGCUGAAAGACUUUGGGUAUUAAGCGAGAAACUCGUUGGGCAGAAGUUCUAG